CUUAAUCUCCCUUGGCUUCAUUUCACUUGUCAAAAGCCACCUCAUUCAUCUCAGUCCCCUCUGCCAUUUCUCUCUGCAAGGCAGUCCGCGUUCUUUAUCCAAUGCUGGGACAUGCACCUCCUGCUUCUUCUUUUGAUCUUCACCAGUUCAUUGACGCCUGGCUUGGGCCCCUCGACUUGCCCCUCCUCGUGCAAUUGCUCCCCUGGUGCCACUAUUUACUGCAACAGCGCUGGACUCCGCAGCCUCCCUAGGGAAAUUGCUGCUUCCACCAUCUCGCUGAACCUGUCCAAUAACUUUCUGCGCUUGCUGACCACCGACGCCUUCAGCAACCUCACCUACCUGAACAGCCUCUGGCUGGAUCGCAACAACCUCACUUUCCUGUACCCGGGAGCUUUUAAGUCACUCUGCAACCUGCGGGUCUUAUAUCUCAGCAGGAACCCCAGGCUGACCUACCUCCAUGCCAACACCUUCCAAGGCCUUCAUAACCUCAUCAGUUUGGAUUUAUCCCACUGCAACCUCUUUGAAAUCCACCCUUUUGUUUUCUCCCACCUCCCCUCUUUGGAAGCCCUCGACCUAACCUCCAACAACAUGCGUUACAUCCCACAAGCUUUCCGGAGCCUGACGAGCCUCACACAGCUGUCAAUGGAGAGGAACCACAUCGAAGCCAUUGGUAGAGACUCCCUGAAGGACAUGGGAGCCCUGAGAGAGCUGAACCUCCGGAAGAAUCGCAUCUGGACCAUCCAGAAGGACGCCUUCCUCCAACUGGACAGGCUUGGCACGUUAAAUUUAGGACACAACCGUCUCUCUAAUUUGCCUAAUCAGCUCUUCAGCGGAUUGACGCAGCUCAAGAGCAUCCACCUAGAGGCCAAUCGGCUCACCAGGAUCAGCUGCCCUUUCGACAGUCUCCAGAACUUGAGGAGGCUCUACCUCAACAACAACCGGAUUUUGUCCAUUGCAGGCCCUGCUUUCGCCCACUUGAAGGAACUGGACUUCCUCCACUUGAACAGGAACAACCUGAGCUACCUCUCCAGCCACCUCCUGGUAGAGCUCCCCAAGCUGAGAUACAUCUUCCUGUCACACAACCCUUGGCAGUGUGACUGCGGAAUGUUGUGGUUCGCCACUUGGAUCCUCACCUACCAAGGGGUCAUUGAGGGCUUGCACUGUGCCUUUCCCACCAUUCACAACACAUCUCAGCUUGGCCAGCAUGCUCAGGGGGCCUUACCCAGCUGCCCACCAUGGUCUGGGGUCAUAAAGGAAGAAGGCUGUGAUGGGCCCUACCCAAGCGGGGCUUCUCCCCUGGUUGUUGCUGCUGCUGCUGAGAAAUCGUUUUGCCUCCUCCUUGCCUGUUGGGCCUCGUACUCAGCUGUGUUCUCGUUACCUAAGCAACUGGGUAUCCACAAUCUCCUUGUCAAGGCUUUGUAACCCACCUUGAUUUCAAGCUGCCUGCUAUAAAGGGACAGAUCAUUUCUCUAAUCCCUUUUUUGGAGGGGGGUUUGCUCCCUGUCCAUUAAUAAACUGUGAUUACAGUUUAGCCCCCGCCAAGCUAUCAAUUAGCAAAAGUGUGAUUAAUGCUGCAGGCAGUGGCAUAGUGUGGGGGAGGGGCACAGGGACGGCUGCCCAGUGCGAAAAAUUGUUAGGGGUGCAAAAUUUCAACACCCGGUGCUGCCUCAAUACAGCUGUGUACUUCUGUCGCUCCAUGCA